GACCCCUCCUGUUUAGAACAAACCCUGGAGACCUGCAGUGUUGGACAAGUGUGUUCUACAAACACCAGCAGCUCUCUGCAAUCCUCCGUUGUUACUGCCAGAGGAUGCAUCAAUUUUGGCUUUUGGGGAGUUUACAUUAAUAUCUGCUGGGGAAAUGACCGUACAGCAACCGAUCCCAAUGUUGGUUCAAAUUCCAGUAUCAAUGAGAGGAUCGUGAAGGGAUGCAUGGAUGACCAUUUUUGUCAGUCAAGCCCCAAAAUGUCUUUGAAUAUCGGUUUCCAACAAUUCACUUCUUCAUGCUGCAACUCAUCUGGCUGCAACAGUGACACUUUCUCUGAUGACCCCCACAAUGGACUUCAGUGUGCUUCUUGCACUUAUCCAGAAGAUGAUGUUUGUGAUCAGGCUGUGACCUGCCAGGGAGUUCAAGAUCGCUGUCUUAACGGCACAGUGACAGCUAGUAAUGGUCGGUCUGUGACUCUUCGAGGCUGUGUCUCCAGGAGUCUGUGUGGUUCCGGUUCUGACUCCGGUUCUGACUCUGGUUCUGACUCCGGUUCUGUGUCCUGCUGUGAGGGGAGUUUCUGUAACAGAAACAGGGCUAUGAAUGACGCCCAGCCUGUAGCACUUACGCUCCUCACUCUGCUAGUUGGGCUAACAACCACCACACUUCUACAAUCAGUUAAUCAAUGAAUAUCUUGAUUGGGGUUUCUUGGAGAUUUGCAUAUUUUCCAAUGAGGAUUGGCUAUGUGGGGAUCUGCUUCUGGGGAUUUCACUCCCUGACCUACUAGAGUACUGUGGGAUCUGUUGCUUGUUGCUCAUCAGAAGGCGGCUGAAUUGAUCAAUUCUG